CUUGCGAUCAGACGCGCUGCACUAGCUUGGCGUUGAAGCGAAAAGCGAAGGAAAACGCUUGCAAAAUGUAUAAGCCAAAGCCUUUUACACAGCUUUUCAGCUUACUAGCAGGAGCACAAUUGCUGCUUAUAGUUAAUGUGCGCUUAGCAAUCGCUUGCCACGAGGAUCAGCCUUGUUUAACACCACGAAACCGGCUUGGCAGCUAUGUAACACACCCUAAUUAUCUCAAGUUGACCAAGGAGUUGCAAGAAUUAUGUUUGGGUGUGUGCAGUUACAAUGGAACAACACAAUUUCUAUGCUGCCCUUCACUAGAUGAGCCCUCAGACAAAAGAAUAUCGCAAACUCAAUGUGAGCGAGAUCACCGCAAAUUCUCCUUCAUAUUUAUCACGAAUGGCAAGCCUGCGAGAGAAAAUGAAUUUCCGUUUAUGGCCGCCAUAGGUUGGCGCUCUAGCUUUGGCAGCAGUGACAUAACAUACAGAUGUGGUGGCGCUUUGAUCACCAGUCGGCACUUGCUAACAGCGGCGCAUUGCCUUUACCAUUCGGAUGAACCACCAAUUGUGGUGCGCCCAGGUGGUUUCGAUUUAGAUGAUACCGAGGCGAGGGACAUUGAAAUCGAUCAAAUCCACAUGCAUCCAGGUUAUCAGUAUCCGGGUGUUUACAACGACAUUGCAAUUCUACUGUUGAAAGAGGAAUAUUAUGCCGGCAGAUCCGUUAACUCUGGACCAGCAUGCUUGUGGGCAAAACCAUUGCAGGCGGCAAAUGUUACGGCUAUCGGUUAUGGUAAUACACAAUUCGCCGGUUUAUCAUCGUCAAAAUUAAUGAAGGCCGAGCUGAGUAUUCUACCAAAUCAAAAAUGCGCCGAAUAUUAUGAAGAAGACGGCAUUAUAUUCUCGCAAUUGUGUGCAAAUGACCCGAUAAAAAGGGGUGAUACAUGUCAGGGUGACUCCGGCGGCCCUAUUAUAAUGUACCGUAAUAUCGGCAAGAAUUAUUAUAAUGUGCCCUAUAUAGUUGGUAUCACCUCAUUCGGCAUUGGUUGCGGCACUGGAGCGCCAGGAGUAUACACGCGGGUCGCCAGCUAUAUAGACUGGAUUGAGAAAGUUGUCUACUAUUAAAUCCGCCUCGUUUUGGUACUGUAAGAGAAAAAAUAUUGCGUUUUAAAUUGUACGAAAACUUUGUUAUAUUGAAAUAAAUAUAUAGGAGAAAGUAAAUAUUUAAACAUAGAAAGCAAAUAGAAACUUGGACCAUAUAUUUGUUACCUAUUCCCCCAAAUGUAGGCAACAUUUUUGUAAUAUUGAAAAGGGAGUAUAGUAAUGCACUGCACCUAUGAGGAACUAAAAGGUCCUUUUCCCCACAAAAAGGUGCUCAUUUAUCGGAAUCGCCGAUAUUAAACCACUAUAUCAUAUAACUUAAA